AUUAGAAUAGGUCUCUCUAGUAUCUACGGUCAACGGAUGUACGCAUCCAUACUUUAUCGCGAUGAGGACAAUAUAUUUAUUGGAAAAUUAUAUUUGAAAAUAUCAGUUCACGGAUUUUCAAACCAUUUUCAGAUGAAAAGCGUUGGGAAAGAGGAACUUUGCAUUUAUGCAUUGCAUUCACACUUUGCCAAAUUUUAGCCACCAAAUACCGCUUUUGGGUGUUUGAAGAAGAAAAGUAAAAAGAAGUUACAGAGGAGCAGCUUCAUUUGUAGGUGCCGAACUUUCAACUUUGGCAUGGCUACCAAGGAGUCAAGCUCUGGCGCUGCUGGUGCUUCAACGGGCGGUACAAUCAAAAGGGUGCUCACGCAUGGUGGUCGAUACGUUCAAUACAAUGUCUACGGGAACUUGUUCGAGGUCUCCUCAAAGUACGUGCCUCCCAUUCGUCCAAUCGGUAGAGGCGCUUAUGGUAUUGUCUGUGCUGCUGUGAAUUCAGACACACAUCAGGAGGUUGCCAUAAAGAAGAUUGGUAAUGCAUUUGACAACAUAAUAGAUGCCAAGCGGACAUUGAGAGAAAUCAAGCUUCUUAGCCACAUGAACCAUGAAAAUGUUAUUUUCAUCAAGGACGUAAUACGACCACCAAAAAAGGAGGCCUUCAAUGAUGUGUACAUUGUAUAUGAACUAAUGGACACUGACCUUCAUCAGAUUAUUCGUUCUGACCAACCACUUACAGAUGAUCAUUGUCAGUACUUCUUAUACCAGCUGUUACGAGGACUGAAAUAUGUACACUCAGCCCAUGUUCUGCACCGUGAUCUCAAGCCAAGUAAUUUGCUUCUCAAUGCUAAUUGUGACCUUAAAAUUGGAGACUUUGGAUUGGCAAGGACAACUUCUGAAACAGACUUUAUGACUGAGUAUGUUGUCACCCGUUGGUACCGAGCACCAGAAUUGCUUCUUAAUUGUUCAGAGUACACUGCUGCUAUUGAUGUAUGGUCAGUUGGUUGCAUACUCGGUGAAAUUGUGACUAGAGAACCUUUGUUCCCCGGGAAAGACUAUGUUCACCAACUGAGGCUAAUUACAGAGUUACUGGGAUCACCCGAUGAUGCUAGCCUUGGAUUUCUCCGAAGUGAUAAUGCUCGAAGAUAUGUUAGGCAGCUUCCACAAUGCCGAAAGCAACAGCUUUCUUCUAGAUUCCCUAGAAUGUCUCCUGGGGCUUUGGAUCUGCUAGAAAAAAUGCUCGUCUUUGAUCCCAACAAACGCAUUACAGUUGAAGAGGCACUUUGUCACCCGUACAUGUCAACUCUUCAUGAUAUCAACGAUGAGCCUGUCUGCCCUAGGCCGUUCAGUUUUGAUUUUGAGCAACCAUCUUGUACUGAAGAACACAUCAAAGAGCUCAUCUGGAGGGAAACAGUCAAAUUCAACCCAGACCCAACCCAUUAGGAGAAUGCUUUGCACAUUCAGUGGAGAUGUAUUAAGGAAAACAAUUGCUUCCUCAAAGUAGUGUAUAAUUUAUCUCAUUUGCUGGAGUGGAUACAAUAGCCUCAGAUAUACAAGGAACUGUAAGACAUUUUGUCUAAGGGAACUGGGGUCCCACAGAAAUCAGGAAAAACCCCAAGUGAAUUGUGCAUUUGGUUCCUAAUACCUAUAUGAGCUGUUGGAUCUGGAAAGCGAAGUGAAGCCAGUUUGAUAGAAAAAAAAAUGUUGGAGCUUUUUCUCAUGAAUGUUAGGACAGGGUUUGGUACAAAAAAAAUGGAUGCUGUAUUGCAUGGAUCUGAAUAAUAUGAAGAUGUUUCUGUGUGUCUGUGUUGCUUAAA